AAAGCGCACACAAUUAUUUGUCCAUAACGUAAAAAUAAACUUUGAGAAAUAAACAUUAUAUGAAAUAAAAAGUGGGGAAAUAAAUAAAGGCGAACGUGAGCUAAAUUAAAAUGUUUGAAAGUAUGACGUACACGGCUCGACGGAUUAUUGUUAUUUUCGGAGGCUUUCUUAUACACCUUUGUCUAGGAAGUUUUUAUGCAUUCGGCAAUAUCAGCCCUUACAUCAUGUCUUACCUGCGAAACCGGACACAAGAGACUUGGCUAGUAAACACCCAGAACUCGUGGAUCAUGAACGCAGCCGCCAUUUCCGCGCCAAUAGGAUCCAUCACUGGAAGCUACAUAGAACGGAACCACGGCGUGAGAAUCGCUGUUGGAAUUGGGUGUGUGCUGUUUUGCUCUGGUGUACAGCUGACAUAUUUCGCCAUCCAGCGGUCGCUGUACAUAGUGGCUCUCACAUACGGGUUCAUUACCAACUUGGGAACCUUUAUGGCGUAUGGACCUCCAGUACAGAACGCUGCUAAGUGGAUGCCCGCCCGUCCAGCACUCGCCGUUGGAUUGAUUGUGGGCGGGUUUGGGCUCGGGGCGUUUGUGUUUAAUCUCAUUAUUACAUACUACAUUAACCCCGACAACAUACAGAUCAACGACAACGACUACUUCACUGACCAGGCUUUGCUGGACCGGGUACCACGCGUGUUCUUCCUGCUUGCCGGCAUCUACAUCGCACUGCAAGUCAUUGGAGUGUUUCUUACGUCACCAGUUCCGCCGGAAAACGACCAUAUACGAGUGUCACGGAUGCGGGAAGAUCAACCGUCAGGUGCAGUCGACGAUGGGGCGGCCUCGUCAGACAGAGCCGGUUUUGACGAGUCUGUUAAUAUCUUUGGCGAUGAACAUCAUAACAAUGACCAGGCGCAGACAGUCUGGGGAACCGUGAAAGAGAUCUUUGUGAACAAGGACGCGUGGAAGAUCCAUCUCAUCAUACUAUUUGUUUAUGCGGGAAUGCAAGUCGUACAUAGCUACUACAAGAUCUAUGGACAAACGUUUAUCAAGAACGACACGUAUUUGGGUGUAGUCGGCUCCAUAGCAUCCGUGUUCAACAGUUUUUGUAGACCGCUCUGGGGAGUCGUGUUUGACAAGAAAGGUUUUAAGUUCACCAUGACGAUCAUCUUGGCAAUAUACGUAACGCUGUCUUGCACCAUCAUGUAUACUGAAAAGAUCACUGCCCAUAACCAGGCCUUCGGGGAGGCCUGCUUCAUGAUCUGGAUAUGUGGAAUGUACGCCAUGUUUGCAGGUCUGUGGUCCGUAUGCCCGACUGUCUACAGUAAACUGUUUGGUCCGAACAACAUGGCAGUGUGCCUGGGAUUUCAGUUCCUUGCGCUGGGGAUCGGUAUAAUGCUUGGGAACUCCGCUGGGUUAUGGCUGAAGAAUAUAAUAGGCUGGCACUGGAUGUACAUCCUCGCUGGCACCAUGGACGCUGCAGCGUUCGUCUGCACACUGUGGUUUAAUGGCAAGAACAUUGAUACUGACGAUGACAUUUAAAUGGCACAGAAACGUCAGAGUUCACCACAUUGACCUUACUGGCAUACAAGAGGAUGCUGUUGCUGUUGUUGGUGGUGUUGUUCUUUGAUGUUGUUGUUGUUACUUCUUUGAAAUGACAAGAACAAAAACAAAAUGAAAAGGAGUGUAAUUAAUAAUAUUCUAUACGAUGGUUGUGUUAACAUUUCUCUGUUGUUCAGACCUAAAUACGUGCCGUGGUAUCUAUAUUUUCAAAUAUUUUGUUUAAAUAUGUAGCAGAUUACAUGGCAUAAAACAAUUACAUUUUACUUUUAGCGCGAUUUAAGGAAAUUCAAUGAAUGUAUUCAGAGUUGACUUUGAUUUUAUAUGCACUGAAUGGGGUCAUCAUAUGAACUUUCUUAGGAAAUUCAAUUAAUUGACUAAGAGGGAGAAAUCGAAUAAAGAUUUUAUUUUUAAGAAGAAAAAAACAGUCUAUCAUUUCAAUUCUAAAGGUUUGUUUCAAAAAUAUAUCUUAUCACAAUACAGUUAUGUUUAUUUGAAAAAGGGAUAGUAAGAUACGAUCAUUGAUAAGAUGGGGUUAUUUGGUCCACUUUAUCAUCGGGCGUACGACCAAAUAUAGUAAAAUGAAGAAUUUCAGUUAAAUAUUGAGUAAAUGUAACAAAUUAAAACUUUAACUUACAAAAUCAAACGAUAUUUGCCCAAACCUUUAUUAAAAGCUCUUAUUUUCGAGACGGAUAUUAACACUCUUCAGAAAUAUCAAUUUGAAAAAGAAAUAAAACGUCGUAAGAUA